AUGAGUGGUUCAACUUCCAUUUCAACCAAAAAGAAACUUUGGAAUGGACAAACCUUCAUCAACAAUGUGUUUUCAUGGUCUCUCGACGACAUUUUCGACAAGCACGAGGUCGAAUCUAUUGGUUUAUCGUUUCAUUCUGUUCAGCAUUAUUUGAACUCAUUUGUGCCUCCAUUGUUGGAAGAAACCAGAGCGCAGCUUUGUUCUUGUAUUGAAAUUUUUUCGAGUUUACCUUGUGCUAAAGUGUUAUCUCUUGAGCAUUCAAAAUCACUUUCACAUGGUCGUAAUCAAUAUCGUGUUGAAACUGAUACUUUUUCUGGUGAUGGAAAAGAGCUUUAUAAGCCUGGAGGUGUUUUCGUUUUGGCUAAUUUUAAACCCCAAGCUUUUAAUGAUUUGAAAAGGUCUGGAAAUUGGUGGAGUUUUGUCUUGUCUACAGGCAUUUCAAAGGAGGGUGAUACCAAACCUGCUUCUGCUCUUAAUGUCAUCUCUAAAAACCCUCUCAAACAUGAAAAACCUUUGUUCAUGAUAUUCUUAAUGAAUAUCACUACCAAUAAAAGAAUAUGGACAGCUCUCCAUAUGGAUGGAAAUUCAAAGCUGAUUCACAAAAUUUCAUGUGAUGGAGAUGUGGUUGAGGAAAGUCCUUUUGCUCUUAGUGAUGAUGAAACAUAUCCAAGUUUGUUAUCUCAGUUGAAUGACUCACAAAAAAAUGCAAUUCGUGCUUGCCUUUCUUCCUUUCAUUGCAGUAAGUCUACUGUGGAUCUUAUUAGCGGUCCACCGGGAUCCGGGAAAACAAAAACUCUGGCCACGCUGCUUUUUCCUCUAUUGAAAAUGAAUCGUAGGACUCUUGUUUCUGCUCCUACAAACGUUGCCAUUAAGGAAGUGGCAUCGCGUGUGUUGAGCAUUGUCAGAGAAUCAUAUCAUGAUGGGGAUGCUUUGAUGUGUAAUUUUGGAGAUAUGCUAUUAUUUGGGAAUCAUGACCGGCUCAAUGUUGGUGCAGAUAUCCAAGAGAUAUAUUUGGACUACCGUGUCAGCAAACUCUUACAGUGUUUUAACGCAUUGAAUGGUUGGAAACAAUGUUUUCUUUCAAUGAUUGAUCUUCUUGAGAAUUUUGUUUCCCAUUAUUAUAUGUUCAUUGAGAACCCGAUGAGAAAGGAACAGGCUCACUUUGAACCUAAGUCUUUUCUAAAGUUUCUAGAAGAAAGGUUUUUGUCCAUAGCAUCGCCACUCAAGGAAUUUGUUUCUAUAUUAUGCUUGCAUUUACCCAAAAGUUGCAUUAUGGAACAAAACUUAGAAAACUUGGUUUCUCUCAUUCACAACCUCGAGUCGUUUCAAGACUUAUUGUUGAAAAAUAAUAUUGAUAAUAAAGUAUUGGAAGAGCUUUACAUAUCAGAAAGUAAACAUAAUUCUCAUGAGGGUGCUGAAUUCUCAUUGUGCCAAAUCAGAACGGAUUGCCUUUUUCUAUUAAGAACCCUUGAAGUUUCACUUGGUAAUCUCAGCCUUCCAAAUGAUAUGACUGAAGAGUCCAUCAAAAUUUUCUGUUUGCAAGCAUCUUCGUUAAUAUUUUCAACAGCUUCUAGUUCCUUUAUACUGCACUAUAUUGAGAUGGAGCCACUUGACAUUGUAGUGAUAGAUGAAGCUGCACAAUUGAAAGAGUGUGAAUCAGUGAUACCUCUACUUCUUCCUAAAAUAAAUCAUGUUAUUCUUGUUGGAGAUGAACUCCAGCUACCAGCAAUGGUUGAAAGUAGUGUUUCUUUUGGAGCUGAUUUCGGAAGAAGCUUAUUUGCGAGGCUGACCACAUUGGGUCAUCCAAAUCACUUCCUCAACAUACAAUACAGGAUGCAUCCAGAGAUAAGCUCCUUUCCAAAUUCAACAUUCUAUCCCAAUAAUGAUAUUGAAAAUGCUCCAGACACUUACACAGAGAACUGCAUACAGACAUAUCUCCCAGAGAAAAUGUUUGGUCCAUAUUCCUUCAUAGAUGUAAGCUGUGGUACCAAAGAAUUGGAUGAUGCUCAAAGAUGUCGGAAAAACAUGGUUGAAGUAGCUGUUGUCAUGAAAAUAAUUAAAAACUGCUUCACAGGAUGGUCUCACUCAAACAAGAACCACCUCAGUAUAGGUGUAGUGUCUCUCUAUGCUUCCCAAGUUGUUGCAAUUAAGGAUAUGCUGGGACAUAAGUAUGAUAAACAUGAAGGUUUCAAUGUGACGGUGAAAACAAUUGAUGGUUUUCAAGGUGGAGAACAAGACAUGGUCAUAUUCUCAACUGCUGGAGCUGAAAACAUAGGCAGUACUUCAUUUGAUAAGAGGACUAAGGUUGCUCUUACAAGGGCUAGGUAUUGUCUAUGGAUAUUGGGAAAUGAGAGUGCUCUAGUAAAUGAGAAAAAUAUCUGGAAAGAUUUGGUGAUGGAUGCUAAAAACCGUAACUGUUUCUUUGAUGCGGGUAAAGAUCCGAAUUUAGCUAAAGCUAUCGUCAAUACCAAGAAACAGCUAAAUCAACUUGAUGAUUUGCUUAAUGUCAAUAGUGUCAUUUUUAAAAGCUCUAUAUGGAAGGUUCUUUUCAGUGAUAUUUUUUUGAAGUCAUUUAAAAAGCUUCCAUCAAAGCGAACAAAGGAGUCGGUCAUUGACGUUUUAAUCAAACUUUCCAGUGGAUGGAGACCAAAAAAGAGGAAAGUGGAUUUGGUUUGUGGAAAAACAUCUCAGAUGUUACAACAAUAUAAAGUUGAAGGUCUUUUUGUUGUCUGUUCAAAGGACAUAUUGGAUUUCACUCAAGUCUUAAGGAUAUGGGAUAUACUUCCGUCAGAGGAUAUUCCUAAAGUAGUGAAGCGACUUGAUAGUAUUUUUGGAAGUUAUACAGAUGAUUUUAUAAGUCGCUGCAGUGAGAAAUGUUUAGAUAAUGAGAUGAAGGAGAUCCCGAUGGCUUGGGACAAAUCAGAUGAAAUCAUCAAAAUUCAGAAGCUUGAUGAUAAUGGAAAUGAAGCAGAAUCGAGUUGUUAUGUUGAGGAUUCAAAGGUUGAUGAGAGUUUUCUGCUGAUGAAAUUCUAUCCUGUAUCAGCUGUUGUGGUUAACUAUUUACUUUCUGAUAGUAAUAGUAAUGAACUGGAACAUCUAUUUGAAGUAUCAGAGCAAGAACAUGACAUCAUAAACUUUCCUUCUAGUACAUUCGUACUGGGUCGCUCUGGCACUGGGAAAACCACUGUUUUGACCAUGAAAUUAUUUAAGAGGGAGGAGGAGAAUGCUGAAGUUCCUUCUUUGAGUAAGGAUAAAGAGAACGAAGAGAGUUCUACUGUUAAUGACAGGCAAUUCUUACGCCAAUUAUUUGUAACAGUGAGUCCUAAACUUUGUCAAGCAGUGAAACAGCAGAUUGUUAGAAUGAAAAGAUUCAUAUCUGGUGGGGAUAUUUCCGACAAAAGCUGUUCUAUUGAGGAAGAAGAUAUAGUUGAUGUUGAUACAUCAAUACAGUUUAACAACAUACCAGAUUCUUUUGUUAAUCUUCCCCCCAACUCAUAUCCACUUGUGAUAACAUUUCAUAAGUUUCUAAUGAUGCUUGAUGGGACUGUGGGGAAUUCUUAUUUUGAAAGAUUUAGUGAUCUAUCUUUUGAGAACCUAGGUGUAAGAUCUGUUGCUUUGGACACUUUUAUAAGGAAGAAGGAAGUAACUUACGAAAGGUUUAAUGCAUUAUAUUGGCCACAAUUCAAUUCCAAGCAUACCAAAAUGUUAGAUUCAUCCAGAGUGUUCACAGAAAUUGUGUCUAAUAUAAAAGGGGGUCAGAAAUCUGUGGAUCUUGCUGAAGGGAAGUUAAGUCGUUCCGAUUAUCUUUCCAUGUCUGAAAACCGAGCGUCCACUUUAAGCAAGCAGAAAAGGGAGAUCAUAUAUGAUAUCUAUGAAAAAUAUGAAAGAAUGAAGAUGGAUAAAGGGGAUUUUGAUAUGGCGGACAUUGUUGCUGACUUGCAUCGUCGACUCAGGAUUAACAAAUAUGAGGGUGAUGAUAUUCACUUUGUAUAUAUUGACGAAGUGCAAGAUCUAACUAUGAGUCAAAUUGCUUUAUUGAAGCAUGUGUGUCAAAAUGUAGAAGCUGGUUUCGUUUUCUGUGGGGAUACUGCACAAACCAUUGCAAGGGGAAUUGAUUUUAGGUUCGAGGAUAUCAAAUCUCUGUUUUACAACAAGUUCAUGCCAGAAUCAGAGACAAGUGCUUACAACCAAGCAAAGGAUAAAGCAGAUGUUUCAGAAACAUUUGUGUUGAAUCAGAACUUUAGGACUCACUCUGGAGUGCUCGCGUUAUCUCAGAGCACCAUUGAGCUUCUUUCCAGUUAUUUCCCUCAUUCUAUUGAUGUUUUAAAGCCCGAGACCAGUUUAAUAUACGGAGAAGCUCCGGUUGUUCUUGAUUGUGGAAGUAGAAAUGCUGUUGUAACAAUAUUUGGCAAUACUGGACAUGAUGGUGGGAAGUUUGUCGGAUUUGGAGCUGAGCAAGUAAUAUUGGUACGUGAUGAUAAUGCUCGGAAGGAAAUUUUAAACAGUAUUGGGAAACAAGCUCUUGUUUUAACUGUUCUGGAGUGCAAAGGACUUGAGUUUCAGGAUGUAUUGCUGUAUAACUUUUUUGGCACUUCACCUAUGAAAAAUCAAUGGAGGGUGGUUUAUGGAUACAUGGAAAAACAAGGUCUGUUGGAACCUAAAUCCAAGUCUUAUCCAAAUUUCAAUGAUUCCAAACACAAUAUUUUGUGUUCUGAGCUGAAACAGCUAUAUGUUGCUAUAACACGUACAAGACAGAGAUUGUGGAUAUGCGAGGAAACAGAAGAGUAUUGCAGACCUAUGUUUGAUUAUUGGAAAACAAAAUGUCUGGUACAGUUCAAAGAACUGGAUGAUACAUUUGCUCAGACAAUGAAAGUUGCAAGUAGUCCGGAAGAAUGGAAGUCGCGUGGCAAAAAGUUAUAUUAUGAAAGGAACUAUGAGAUGGCAACAAUGUGUUUUGAAAAUGCAAGAGACUUUUAUUGGGGAAAAAUGUCAAAAGCUACUGGUCUGAGGGAAACUGCAAAGCAUUUACAAGACUUGAACCCCAAGAAUGCAAAUGCAAUCUUUAGGGAGGCUGCAGGAAUUUUUGAAAGCAUAGGAAUGACCGAGUCUGCUGCUAAAUGCUUUUCUGAUUCGGGGGAUUACGAAAAAGCUGGAAAACUUUACAUUGAAAAAGGUGUAGAGUCAGAUUUGAAAAGGGCCGGAGAUUAUUUUUGUUUAGCCGGUUCUUAUGAAAUGGCACUUAAAGCUUACACUCGAGGAAAUUUCUUCCCCGAAUGUUUGAAUGUUUGUGCGAAAGGAGGAUGGUAUGAUAUUGGCCUAGAUUUCUUUCAACAGUGGAAAGAAAGUGAAGGUGGUGACCAGGAUUGGGUUGAUAUUAAGCAAAAGUUUCUGGAGAAUUGUGCUCGCAGUUAUUUUGACAAAAAAGAUAUCAAAUCCGUGAUGAAAUGUGUCAAUGACUUUCGUUCGAUAGAUUUCAAGCGUGAUUUCUUAAGAUCAUUAAGCUUACUUGACGAGCUUCUUGAAUUAGAAAAGAAAUCAGGCAACUAUAUGGAGGCGGUAAAUAUUGCUAAGAUGAUGGGCAACAUUCUUUGCGAGGCUGAUUUGUAUGGAAAAACAGGUGACUGCUAUGAAGCAUAUGAGCUUGUGUUUUUCUAUGUACUCUCACAUUCUCUUUGGUCAGAGGGAAGCAAUGGAUGGCCCUUAAAGCAGUUUACACACAAGGCCGAGCUUUUGGAAAAAGCGUUGACAUUUGCAAAGAAAGGGACGAGUGUCUUUCAUGAACUUGCAUCUACAGAAGCUAAAAUAGUAUCAAACAAGCAUGAGAAAAAUAUUGAAUUGAUUGAUGAGUUGAAUAGUUGUCGCUACCAUAAAAGUGUCAGAGGGGAAAUAUUAUGUUUGUGGAAGCUGCUGGAUUCUCAUUUGCGGCUGAAAUCUGCCGAGUAUGUCUGGCCCGACGAUUUGUUUGCUCUUCGUGUGGAAGGCAUGAUUAGAAAGGAUCAAUUUUCUGUGGAGAGCCUGUAUUAUUGUUGGACAUGUUGGAAGGAUAAGAUUGUAGAAAUGCUGGAAUACCUUUCAAAUUUCCAACCUGAGUGGUAUGAGCCUAACAGUUAUGUGAAAUUUGCACUGAACUAUUUGGGGGUACAAAACCAGUGGGAUAAUCUAGGGAACAAGUACCUUUUGCUCAUUCCUGAUGCUAACUGGGUGAAAAAUUUGGGUCAUGAAUUAAUUAAGAAGAAUGGCCGGCUAGUCUCCAUUGAUGUUCAACCUUUAUUGUCGUAUGCUCAGAGAUAUUGGAGUUCAGAAUUAUUAUCUGUUGGCAUGGAUGUCUUGCGCACACUCAACAAGCUUUCAAAUGGUAAAACCCUUUCUGAACUUUGGCAAAUACAGUCUUUAUUGCAAAUCUUUGAGGUGUCAAAGUUUCUUCUCAAGUCAAAUUGUUUUAGGCAUGCCGAGGAUAACUUGAGAUUACUAGAGAAAUAUAGCAGAAAGUCUAUUGACAAUUUAGGAUACUACAUAAUUCACCUUGACUGGAAGAAAUCUCUAGAAAGAGAAAUGGUUUAUCAAAGAGCAAGUGAAUUAUGGAAGGAUUUUUUGAAAGAGGUCAUCUGUAACAACACUAAACAGGAAGGUGGAUUGACAGAUCGUGUAAUUGGAAGAUUGAUAGUCAUGAUUCUUGGCACCGGAAAUAUAAAUGAUGAACUUUUUGCGCAAAUUAGGAGAAAGUUUGAAGCUAACACAGGCUGGACAUUAUUCAUUGAAAAUUUCAGGAGGUCUCGCAUUGGGUCAUCAUUAGUGGAGAAAGAUUGCAUGCGUAGUUUCUAUGAAGCAUUGAAGAACAGUUGCGAAUAUAAUUGGAUAGCGGAAACUGACUUUAUAACUCCGGGUUGUUUUAUGUAUCUUGUUGAACGGUUAUUGCUAUGGAUAUCAGGCUUGAAGGGAUACAUAUAUGCUACAAAGUCCUCUUUCACAGAUUGGCUCAUAUGCCAAGAUCAAAUUUCCUCGGUCAUGCAAUAUAAAUAUCGAGACAUAAACUCUGUAUGUGAUUUCCUUGCGAAUUGGCUGAAUGAUAUUGUUUACGAUCAAGCUAGAGUCAAAACAUGGCUCAAAAACUCAAAGCUGAAUGUGAAGAAUUAUUUUCCUUUGCUGGUUUUAAGAGUGAUUGUUUGCCUUUGCUUAAUACAAAUGAUAUCGGGUACUAAGGAGCAUUUAAAGAUAUUAAGGCAUUUGCUGGAGAUGAAUGAUAUAGCUGAUCAUUUGCCAAUUGAGUUUUCCGAUGCACUUACAAUGGGAGAGGAAGAUAUAACUAUCAGAAGCUAUGCCAAGGCAUUCAAGGUAAUAGGCAAUCCCUUGGUAAUUGCCAGGCUUUGGGGUUCUUCUAAAAUUGACUUACAUGGUGCUGUUGUAUACUUAGAUUUGACUAAGUUCAAAGAAAAAGUGCCCAUAUUAAAUAUUCUAUAUGACUGUAUGGGCACGGGACUCGCAUCCUCUAGUUCUGAGGAGGAUUGA